ACAAACAAGUUUUUUCUUCCAAAUUGCAGCAGUGGAAAAUUCUUUUGUUCUUAUUUUGCAAAAUUCCGAAAUCUACCCUUCGAAAAUGCCAAAACAGAACCGCACAUCUUGAAACCUUCCGCAAUGUCCGGUCACGGCCGAUCGGUGUUUGCGAACUCUUGCAUCAAAAAGCCUCUGAGCCCACGGAGUAAACAUCCGAACCCGUCCUAUCUGGUUCCGCAGUGCAGUCUGGAUCGAGGUCCGGAUGACCCUCAGGCCCAGGACAACCUGAACAUGAUAACCAAGAAGAAGGCCAACAGCAAGUGCCCGUUGGCCAGGACAGGGCAUCAACGCCGGACCAAAUGUUGCUCAAUCACGCACCAGUUUAGAAAAGAAACCGAUAACUUCCAGUCGUUGGUAAAGUUCUAUGAUAGUAUUCCAGACUACGACGACCUGCAUCAUCUACCGAGCGAAGAAUUCUACUGCAAACUCAACACACUUCGCAAGAAGCAGCGAGAGUUAAGAUACGGAUGUGGUUACGACAGUAGAUGCACCAAACGGGAGCUGAAAGCUCCCGUCGUGUUAGUGGAGCCACCUACCAUCAGUGAACAGAACGACGACAACGAUUCGCUUCACUCAUGGAGCAAAUCACCACCAGCUACGACUGGCAUCCUCAACGGAACUCGUAAGGGUUCCGCCAAAUCUGUCCGCAUCGAAACGACCAAGGAAGACGACGAAUCUGAGGGUAGGACGUCUCGUAGAAAGUUCCGCGCAGGUACACCCUUUGUUUCGGACCACGAAGACAGUACCAAGAAUGCUUCGACCUGUACGACCCCCGUCAAUUCGGACUUUGUCGAACGUUACGAUCGCUACGUGAAACGUAAUCUACGCUGCAAAUCGGCCUCACCGAUACGCGAUUACUCCAAGGUAACCGUCCCUCAGCCGUACAAAAUGACCCAACGGGAAGAGGAAGGACGUGCCCUGCAAGAGUUGCUGAUCGCCAGCAAGAAUGCCUUCUCGUCGAAGGAAGCACUCAACAAACCGCCAUCCACCAUCAAAGCCAAUCCGGUCCCGAUAACUUCCCGUAUUCCUCUGUUCAACACUAUCAUGGCCGAUCAGGAAUAUCGUAACAAGCUGGCCAAGCUCAACUCCGAAAUUGAACUUCAUUCGCAAAUCAAGCCGUUCCACUUCAGCGAACGUCUCAGUCGCCCUAACAACCGCUGUCUAAGCCGCAGUCUCUCGUCCCCGGCUCUGCUGACGACCGGCUUCGAACCGGAACUCAAGCCACUAACCACGUUCAAAGCGAAGCCCUGCCCGAAGAACCUCUUCAGUAAUUACUUCUACUUCAAGAUGUGGGAAGACGAGUACUUCCGCAACAUGACCAAAAGGAUCAGAGCUGAAGAGCUGAUGAAGCAUUCGUCGCUGCCACCGUCGAUGGCUCGCAGGGAGAAGCAUCAGCGCAAGAGCUGCGCCCUGCUACACACCGAUUCAGCCGCCGAAGGAGCCUCGCCGACGAAAAGCAAACGGAAACGAAAAUCGAAGCGGAGCGCAAAGCGAAAGAAGAGCGUCGAGGAGAAGUGUUCAGAAUACUUUGCCAGCGUGGGAAACGUGUUCGACCAGCCGUCGAUGCAACUGAAGACGCCACCGGUGAAGCCACUGUAUCCGUCGAGUAACUCAAGCUAUAGUACAAGUGUGGACGUUCAUCAGUCUGCUGGAAACCCGGCUCCGAUAUAUCCGGUCAAUAGACCGAAUUUGGCUGCCACUUUGCGCACGGAGUGGUGUCGAAAAAAGCUACGCGAGCUGGACCUGGAGGACAGUGUAAAUUUGAAGAAGACGCCGCGCUUUCAGUGGGGUGUGAAGCGAUCGCAGGCGUUCCAGAACUUGAACAUUGAUCAAACCCAUCAGGAGGAGCUGGACCUGCGUCUGGCGACGCGUCGAGCAGAGCAGAAGCUUCGCCAGGAGGAGCACUCUAUUAACAUGGAACUGAUGCGGCAGCGAGUUAAGGCAGCUCCGUUGCUGCUGGAGGGACCUCCCCAGUGGGGGCCUCGAUUAGGUCACGUUACGCAUAGAUGCAUGCUCAGCAGCAGCAAAGAUGCCGACCCAUUGUUUCGGAAGACAGCGGCGGACAAAGGCGGCAAAGGUAACAAAAAGGGGCUACUGAUGGGUGGGAUGAAAAAGCGAGAAUCGUCCAGCUGUGGAAGAGGAAGCAGUCAUCAGCAGGAUCACAACCAUCGCCUGAGCGAUAAACAUCGAAGCUCGAGCGGAAGCAAGCUCAGCAACUACUCGGUGGAUUCGUUCGGGAAGAGUAGUUCCAAAUUCUGCGACAGUGAAGUGUUGGAAAGCUUUACGGACGAUGUCUGAUAACAUAU